GAUAUUACGUUCAAUCUGUCACUUGUGAAGUCUAAUAUUCCAUUCAAAAUUGGAAGAUGUGGCAACCUUGCCAACUAACCUCACAUUCUGAGCCUCAUCUUUGAAUGGUCAAUGCUAUGUAAACGGAAAAUUAUUGAUGUUUUAAACUUAUAUUUGUGUGUUCCUAAUUGGGUCGGUAAUUACGGGAAGGGUCCGAAGGUACACGUAUUUUCGUUUCCAUUGAACGAAAACUGUCGUAAAAGAUGGCUCAAUGCAAUCCCUCGUAGUGAUUUAGUGGUUACAAAAUACACCCGAGUAUGUAAUUUGCACUUUGCUGAGGACAGCAUCAUUGGGGAAUCCACCUUUCAGGACGAAAAGACAGGACAUAUCAAGCAGAAGAAGCCGAAAUGAGAAAUUGAGGGACAAGGAACAAGAACAACUACUUAAAGCACUGCAAACUAGCAUUGAUGAUCAUUCCUCCUAGCAAAAUUCAACUUGUUUUCAAAAUUAUUCAGACUUUCUCACAGUUUUCAGUUCAUGGCAAUGUCCAUAUGGGUGGCAUAAAAUUGUUCAGGAUAAAGUUACUUUGUUUGAGUUAGAAUAUAAACCAGCAUCCAUCAUAAUUCACUCUGUAAUUGUUGAUAAAGAU